UUAAAGUGCAAAGUGUCUCUUGGAACUUAAAGACGGAGCAUUGAAUAAUGGAGACAGCGUCGUUAUUGCUGCUUUUCCUUCUUCCCUUCAGCGACGCUGUCUACAAACAAUGGCUUCCUAAUACAAAUUUUGAGAAUGCUUCCAACUGGAAUGAGCAGAGAAUUCCGUGUUCUCAGGAUAAAGUGAUUUUUGAAAGCAGUAAGAAAGUUUCAGUCUAUGUUCAAUCAGCACACUCCCUGUCAGAACUGAACAUGCCGUGGGAUGGAGAGUUUAUUUUGGCCUCCGGCGCUGGGUUCUCAGCAUCCGCUAAAGAAGACCCGGCAUGUGGUAUAGGUUCUGACAUAUAUUUCCAUGACACGGACCAGUACCAGUGGUUUGACCCUACACUGUGGCAAUCUGCCCUCGCCUUUGAUAAUCUUGAGAGUGGCAAACUUCUCUUCUCUGUGGAUGUCGAACGUGUGCCAUGUCAUCACGAUGAUGUCAUAUUUUCCCCAGAAACCUCUUUUCGAGUUAACUCCAAAGCAACAGGAUCAACAACUCGUCUGAGAAGUAUUUCUGUACUGGGGAAGAGAUUUACCAGCGACGAGGAGUUUUCUCAGCACCUUCAGUCAAACACAGGGAAACUUCAGUUUCCCGGACAUCCCCCGCUGCAAAUAACCAACACUGGUUGUCAAGAUAAGACCGGCUGUGAAUGUGGAAACACCGGGAUGCUUCAAGAAAUCUGUUCUGCACUUCUUCGCCAUACAGAGAACCGAUGUCCAGAAACAACCUGUGAAAAACCCUUGAAUCCAGCCGGACACUGCUGUGGAAUAUGUGGGGCGAUAAUAACUCUGGAACACACAUCUGAUUUUACACUGGAUGACUAUCGCAAUCGCCUUAUUCACACCUUCCUCAGCCUGGAACAAUAUUCAGGCGUUAAACUGGCAAUCUCAAAAGUACUAAAGCCGCAGAAAGUUCUGCUCAAAAAUCCAUCUGACCAUACAGAAAUUCAAAUUGUGAUUGUUGAAAACAAGGAAAGCAAUGCAGCAGACCUAGCCAAUGACAUCAUGGAUGACAUCAAAAAGAAUGGGCGUUUAUUUGGCAUUUUGAAAGGGACUCUGAUAACCUCGACCGGCAGUAUUACAGGCGGACAGGUUCAGAACCUAGCAGGCACCGUCAGUGGGAUUGUCAUCGGUGUCCUUGCCAUUUGCCUUUCCCUACUUGGAGUGCUUUAUUUCCUUUAUAAAAGAGGAACUGUAAGACUGCCUUUUUUUCCACAACCUUUUCAGAAUGAACCCGAACUGGAAACUGAAAGCGAUUCUGCAAGAGGAGGAUUUGAAAACCCUAUAUAUCACGCAAUUGAAGAAGGUGGACCUGGAACCCCUGGUUUAUAUUCUGGGGAAGAUGCAUUGAAAGGAAUUGCCCUGAAACAAACAGAGAUUCAGUACUCAAAUCCUCUGUAUGACGAGGGCCAGUGCGAUAUCUAGAGCCUGAGAACGCCUAAAUGGAACAAUGGGGACAAUGUGAGGAGGAAAGAACUAAUUUCAGCUGAUGGAUGCAAGCAAAUUUAAAUUAAAGCCAUCAACCUGCA